UGACCGCGCAGCCCCGCGGAGCCCCAAGGGUUACAGCGGGCAGCUCCGCGCUAAUACAGCCUAAGCUGAUAUUAGCCAAGCUUAACUUCUUUCGGCAGUUUGCAGAUGGGAAGGGGGUGGGACGUCCUGCAGUCAGCAGUUCUCCACGAGCCCGUGAACGCGGGCGCCGGCGACGGAGCCGACCAUGAGCUGAGCUCGUGGGACGGACGGACGGACGGACAGACGGCUGCGAAAUCACCGUGUCGCUCGUGGAGAAGAUGCAAGCUCAGGAAAUCCUGCGGAGCCUGCGGCUCCCCGAGUUCGAUGACCUCAGCCAGUUCUUCCGCAACCUGCCUGCCACCGCACUGGUGGGCAUCGGUGCCUUCGCUGCCGUCGUCGCCUACUGGUUUGCCAGUCGGCCCAAGGCUGUGAAGCCGCCCUGUGAUCUGCGCGUGCAGUCGGAGGAGGUCGAGGGCCUGGAUGGAGCACGCCGCUCGGUGAUUGGGGACAGCCCACAGCUGCUGACCCAUUACUACGACGAUGCCAGGACCAUGUAUGAGGUCUUCCGGAGGGGGUUCAGCAUCUCUGAGAACGGCCCCUGCCUGGGCUUCAGGAAGCCCAAGCAGCCCUACCAGUGGCUGUCAUACAAAGAGGUGGCUGAAAGAGCAGAAGCUCUGGGCUCGGGGCUGCUGCAGCAGGGCUGCAAGGCAUCCACAGAGCAGUUCAUUGGGGUCUUUGCCCAAAACCGCCCAGAGUGGAUCAUUUCUGAGCUGGCCUGCUACACCUACUCCAUGGUGGUGGUGCCCCUCUAUGACACCCUGGGUCCUGGAGCCAUCCGGUACAUCGUCAACACAGCGGACAUUUCCACAGUCAUUUGUGACAAGCCUGACAAAGCCAGGACGCUGUUGGACCACGUGGAGAAGAGGGAAACGCCGGGGCUGAGCUCCAUCAUCCUGAUGGACCCCUUUGAGAAGGAGCUGACGGAGAGGGGAAGGCGCUGCGGGGUCCGCAUCCAGAGCAUGCAGGAGGUGGAGGACUGUGGCCGGGAGAACCGACACGCGCCUGUGCCUCCCCGGCCAGAAGAUCUCUCAAUUGUCUGUUUCACCAGUGGCACUACAGGGAACCCCAAAGGUGCUAUGCUGACACAUGGGAACGUGGUGGCUGACUUUUCAGGCUUUUUGAAAGUAACAGAGAGUCAGUGGUCUCCUACUUGUGAGGAUGUUCACAUUUCCUAUUUGCCUUUAGCACACAUGUUUGAGCGAAUGGUACAGUCUGUAGUGUAUUGCCACGGAGGGCGAAUUGGCUUCUUCCAAGGCGACAUCCGCCUGCUGUCUGAUGACAUGAAGGCGCUGCGUCCCACCAUCUUCCCUGUUGUGCCGCGCCUGCUGAACAGGAUGUACGACAAGAUCUUCAGCCAGGCAGACACCUCCCUGAAGCGCUGGGUGCUGGAGUUCGCCGCCAGGCGGAAAAAGGCUGAGGUUCGAAAUGGGAUCAUCAGAAAUGACAGCCUGUGGGACAGGCUCUUCUUUAACAAAAUACAGGCGAGCCUCGGUGGGUGCGUCCGCAUGAUCGUGACGGGUGCUGCCCCAGCCUCUCCAACUGUCCUGGGCUUCCUGCGGGCGGCCCUGGGUUGCCAGGUGUACGAGGGGUAUGGGCAGACGGAGUGCACGGCGGGCUGCACCUUCACCACCCCGGGGGACUGGACCUCAGGUCAUGUGGGAGCCCCUUUGCCCUGCAACUUAAUCAGACUGAAGGACGUGGAGGAGCUGAAUUAUUUUGCUUCUAAAGGAGAAGGAGAGAUAUGCGUGAAAGGACCAAACGUUUUUAAGGGUUAUCUGAAAGAUGAGGAGAGGACAAGUGAAGCACUGGACCAGGAGGGCUGGCUGCACACCGGAGACAUUGGGAAGUGGCUACCUAAUGGGACACUCAAAAUCAUUGAUCGGAAGAAGCAUAUAUUUAAACUUGCUCAGGGAGAAUACAUUGCACCAGAGAAGAUAGAGAACAUCUACAUCCGCAGUGACCCCGUGGCCCAGAUCUACGUCCAUGGAGACAGCCUGCAGGCCUUCCUGGUGGGAAUCGUGGUGCCGGAUGCCGAAGUGAUGCCAGGCUGGGCAAAGAAGAGAGGGUUUGAUGGAACGUAUGAGGAGCUCUGUAGAAAUAAGGAACUGCAGAAAGCAAUAAUGGAAGACAUGGUACGGUUAGGGAAGGAGAGCGGGCUUCAUUCCUUUGAGCAGGUCAAAGCCAUUUACAUCCACUCCGACAUGUUCUCAGUACAGAACGGUUUGUUGACGCCGACGUUAAAGGCUAAGAGACCAGAACUGAGAGAUUACUUCAAAAAACAGAUAGAAGAGCUAUAUUCCAGCAUCUCCAUCUGAAACCACGGGACGAACCUUCCGAGUGACGGACUUUGUAGCAAUAUUAGGAUAAUGCUCAAAAGUACAGAGCCAGAAUGACACAGCUGAAGCGGAUGAGUGUCUGAAUCUUACGUCUGAGCCUUUUAUUGUUUUAGGAUUUCACCACUAACCACCAUUUCCCCUUUCCUUCUGUUUUUCAUCAGGUGUUGAUAUCAGUUUUACUCUAUGGACACAGUAGGGCACCAUCAAGAAUUAUGCUAAAUUGCCACAAAAUAUACAGCAAUUUCAAUCCAUGACCGAAUAAAUUAUGGAAACUUACUAAUAACUAUAAGCAUUUCAAGACUAAACUAGAGAAAGUUUCAGAUAUGUCUGCUGAUAUUUGAUUGUAAAUAACCUACACGUCAGAGACUGAGUUGUGGAUAAAUCAGUAAUGUGGUCUACCUCAAGCUAUCGGCGACUGAUGGUGAAAGCCUAUGUUCUGUGACCUGUAACUCUAAGCUGGAUAUUGGUUUAUGUAUUAACUGAUAGUUUUUAUAUUUUCCAGGACGUAAAUUCCAUCAGUUUGACUUAAUCACUAACAACCUAACAGCCAGAAUCGAAACAAGAACAAAUCUCCUGGUACUUGUGCUCAAUAGGCCUCUCAGUGUAUGACACCUAAUGGACAACCACUGCUUGGGAUCCCCACGUGUUGGCAGUGCUGCAGGGCAGGAGCCCCCAGCUGAGCCCAGCACCUCCUGCACGGCCAUUUCAGGCAGCCCAGAGCCCCAAGGAUGCUGCAGCACAGCAAAGCAAGGCCUGCAUGAGAGCCACCUAUGUCUGGUCCUUGGUUUAUACUUUGCAGCCUGGUUGGGCUGGUUCCCUUUUGGAGCACGUGGUGUGAGCAGAGCUGGGCAACGUGGGUCUGUUUGGAGAACAGCUGGCCUGGGAUGCAGCCAUGCUGGAGAAGAGGUGGAAAUGUUGCUCCAAGUGGCUACGAGGACAAUUCUGGCCCCAAAAUGCUGUGGGAUAAUGCAUUGGAUGUGGGUGCUAGGAAAGCACUUCCAUGUGCAGACGCUUGGAUCCAGUUAUCACCUGCAUUGGCCUUUCUGCAAUAAGCAGCAAGUUUUGGGAGGAAAUACAGAAUCCAUGAGCAGCCAUUGGAAGGGGCCAGGAAUGGAGGCUGGAGAGCAAACUGCCAACAGAAGCACAGUGCAAAGCAGUGAGAAGCCAUGAGAUCAGGGAGUGUAAGCUCUGGAACUGCUGAACGGGGUCCUGCAUCCAUCUAUGUGCAUUACCAGCUGCUGUGUGCUGCACCAGCACCAUGGGGCUCUGCCUGCUAGACCCCUCUUGCUAGGGCAGCAAAGGCACAUGUUUUUCACUCAGAGGGUGGUGAGGCACUGGAACAGGCUGCCCAAGGAGGCUGUGGAUGCCCCAUCCCUGCAGG